CACGCGCGCGCAGGUGACGAUAACGAGUCGCGCAAAGGCGCAAGGUCCGCGGUCGCGCGCUGUUUGUGUUGUGCCUCCCGCAAACCAGAUUUUAUUUACGUUUCGACGGGCGAACACUUGCUGGCUACAUUCCACUCGCGUCCAAUUGUGUGCGUGACCCGCGACGACAGCGAAGGCGAAGGGGUGAUCAUUAUUUCCUAUUGCUUCGUCGAGCUCGCCCGCAACUCCGUUCCACCGAACACCCACGAGCAGCACCCCCCGGUGGAGGCGACGGAGCUCCGUUCCGUGUUGUGAGAGUGUCCGCUGGCCGAACUGCGCGCACGAAUGCGAACGGUUCUGGCGCUCCCGUGGUCCAGGUGAUCCGGAUGGUCCAGUCGGUGUCCGGCAGCAGCCGAGCGAUCGUGUGACCACAGCGCAGAUGUCAAGCUCGUCGGGAUCAGCGUCACGGGGCGCCUCUUCGCCGAUCGUGGCCGCAGCCGUCGCUGCCGCAACCGCAGCGAUUGCCUCGUCACCUCGCAUCGGCGGCGGCGGCGGUAGCACCGGAACUACUAAGCGCACCCCAAUCCACCAUCUGACCACGAGCCAGGAUGUCAUCAAUCAGGGAAAAUGCCUGUGCGGUGAGUACAUCCGAGCGCGGCUCAAGCGUUCCGGGCUGCUGAACCGCAAGAUCCUGCAGCGGCUGCGCAGCUCGACCGAGGGGACCGGAGCGCUACCGAUCGGCGGCGGGGCCGUCGUCCGCGAAGCGUUCCCCAUACUGCACGGCAUGGGCAUCGAGCUGGAGCGGAUGCACCCGCGGCUGUACACCAACGUUAGCCGGCAGAUCUCGAACGAGCCGUGGGGCGAGCUGACGGAACCGGACACGGUCGGCUGCCUGCUGCACGUCGUCGCGAAGGACCUCUUCAAGACGGGCGUCACGUGGGGCAAGGUAAUUUCCCUGUUCGCCAUCGCCGGCGGGCUGGCGGUCGACUGCGUCCGGCAGGAUCACUGCGACUAUCUGCAGCAGCUGAUCGAGGGCACGACCGAUGUGAUCGAGGAGGAUCUCAGUGCGUGGCUGGUCGAGCGGGGCGGCUGGCUCGGGCUGCAGGACCACGUGUACCCGCAACCGUCCGAGAUUACGCUGGCCGGCUGGCUGAGCAUCACCGUGGCCACGCUGGCCCUCAUCUACCUGGUGUCGCUGUUCCUGAAGCUCCUCGGCACCAACUAUCUCACGGAAAGUUAACUGAAGCAUGCAACGAAAUCAUUCCUCCCGCUAACGCACCCCACCACACAAACUGAUGAUACUAAUGCUCACAGCAGCGCAAACGAACAGAAUAGCUACCACCCGGUGGGGGGACACGCUCCGGUAUCCGCGCGCAUGCGCCACCGGCACGCCAGGCGAUGUUUUUAGCUUACGUUUUUUUCUUUUUACUAUUGUUUCUGUUGGGCGGCGCGGACGGAGAAAAACAAGUGGGUGUGAAGCAACUAAACGGUGGCCGGACGCGCGCCGCACGCGGAAUGUUAUUUAUAAUAUGUGGUUGGCCACAAACUGAUUGGCCACUGGUUGAGUGAUGGAUGCCUGGAUACUUGGAUGUGCGAUGACAUCGUAACCGUUGUUUGUUUUAGCUCUCCCCCAUCCAAGCAGGCUCCUGCGUCGAAGGAAGCACCUAAAAACUGACGUUCGGAAAUGUGGUCGGAAAAUUCAUUUGUAAAAUCUGCUUAAAAAAUAAACACAAAAGAAAAUAAGUUA